UGGGGGGGCUGUUUGGGUUCGCAACUGGGAUCUCGACCUUCGUCGGGCAUUGGGUCUUCUGAUGUUACAAGCUUUCAGCAAACAGUUUCCAUAGGCAAAAAUCAGCCUUUGAAGCAAGAAAAACUGAAAUGGAAGAGUGAUGUGCCCUUGACUGAUGGACAGCUUCGAAGCAAACGGGAUGAAUUUUGGGAUACUGCUCCAGCAUUUGAAGGUCGAAAAGAAAUCUGGGAUGCCCUAAAAGCUGCAGCCUAUGCUGCAGAAACAAAUGACUUUACGUUGGCACAAGCCAUUAUUGAUGGUGCCAAUAUUUCUCUUCCUAAUGGUACUCUUAUGGAUUGUUAUGAUGAACUAGGAAACAGAUACCAGUUACCAGUCUACUGUCUGAGUGCUCCUAUUAACCUCAUUGAAGAUAAUUCGGAGGUUGAUACCCCAUCGCCUGAUAGUGAGACCUCUAAUGGUGGGGGGGAAGAAAUUGUAGUAAAAAUGAGACUUUCUACAACUGGUAAAGAUACUAAAAUGCCUGUACAAACCAGAGAGACAGUCAUGAAUGCCAAACGACGUCUUCAGGCAUUAGAGUCGAUUGAACCUUUCAGGCAGAGAUGGUUCUUUGGGGGCCGUCUUCUAAGUGACAAAAUGAAAAUUGAAGAAAUAAAGCUUCAAGCUGGCUAUGUUGUACAAGUUAUAGUAUCACCUGGUGAUUCAGUACUGGUUGGUAACUAGCACGAAAUUAAAUCUGUGAUCGUUGUAAUCCUAAUUGUAACCAGGGCAACGUUAUUAGUGCUCACACAUAGUCAAUUUUAGGGGGAAAAAUGUUCUGUACAUUAAGCUUUACAUUUACUUAUUCUUUUUUCUAAAACACUAUGUAAGACAGGAAAAUAUAAAACUAUGUAAAAUAGUUUGCUGACUCAAGCAGGGAAGCUUCCCAUUCUGCUAUAAGAUGCUUCACAAAGUUCAUGUACAGUGUAUAUUGUAUAUUUUGUAUCUACAAAUUAUAUCUAGGUGUCAUUUGAGUUUAUAGAUCAAAUGGUAUUUGAUUGUAUUUAACAUUUACAAACUUAGUAUCAAAAAGUAACUGGCUUCUAGUACCAGUACAUCUUCAUUUUACAGUGUAGAAAUACCUCUCUUCUGUUUCUAUGUAAUGUAAUCAAGAAACAUUUCUUGUGGAUAAAUUAAAGUGUCAUAUCUCUGAAGUAAGAUUGAUUGUUUGUAACUAAUCCAACGUUUAAGAAAUCUUUUUGAAGCCAAGUUUGUACAUUUUAGGUACAGUGAAAUGACCACUAUUCUACAGUUUCACUCAGAAGAUUUUAUAAGCAGUUUUACAGUAGCAUUUGGUUGAUCAAUUAGAAUCACAUGGAAACAUUUUGAAUACAUUAUUCUUAGUCAGUUUCUUUGAGUAAAAUGUGAUAAAAGUUGGUUUCACCAAGGUUGAGUUGCUUGAAGCUAUUUUCACUGAAUCUAUUUUAUACGUCUUUAAUUGCAAAGAAUAAUGUAUGUUAUAGAGACUUGAAGUUGUUGAAAUGCAAGGUUCUUUUAUUUACCUAUAGAAAUGAGUUUUAUGUGCACACAUAGUGAUUACAAUCUGAAAAUACAACACUGAGGUGAGUGUGGAGGAAAUGUUAACACCUGUUAUAAAAAUGUGUAACACACAAAGACAAAAUUUAUCUUUAAAACUGCAAUACUUUUGGAAUAUAUCAAUUUUAAUAAUAUUAAAGUAGAUUAGCUUUAUAAUAACUAAAAGUAAAAAAUGUAGCAAUUUAUAGUAAUGCAGUAGAUGAUUUUUUAAUCUUGAAACAGUGCUCUUGGAGGUUUUAAAAUUCUUUAAAUAAAAAAUAUACACUAAAUUAGAAAGAGUAAUAAUGCGGUCUUUAAAGAAAUGGAGGUUUUCAACAUGUAUGUUUGGUAAAAUGUAGGGAAGAGAAAACCACCUUGCUUGUGCCUUUGGAGGGUGGGACAAGGAUUAACUUUCAUUACAAGUAAUAUAUCUAAUUAACCCAUUGUUUAAAAUUCUAUUUGCUUUUAAUAACAGAUAAUUAUGAAUUGUACUUAAGACUGAGCUUUUUAUGUGGUAUUAAUUUGUUUUAACUUUUUGUCCUGUUGAAUGUAUAAACUAUCCAAAGAAAAGGUUAACACAUCAUUUAUGUUUUUUAGUGAAAUGUGUGCCAUUGCUUGUACAUGUAAUAUAGAAAAUGUUUGCAUGUUGUAAAAACAUUUGUGAACCUUUUGCAUUCAAUAAUUUUUUCAGCAUUAUUUUUAGCUGACUGUUUUAAACAAUUUAAUCUCAGUUAGGUGUACAUAAUAUGUAUGUAUGUUAAACAGAUACAUGUCUAUUUGACAUAAUGUAUGUAGUUUAUGUGCUUGUCUAAUCUGUGUUCAUGAUAUUUUUUCUUCGUGUUCACUUGAAUGUAGUUGUUUUUUUGUAAAUAAAUUCAUUGCAGGUGCAUCAUUUAUUUAGGUUGGUCCCAAGACAUUUUAUUGCUAUUUUUGUUUUAUAAGAAAGAAAACAUUUACCAUUUUGAAGUCAAAUAAAAAAAAGAAUUUCUGUUUUAUAAUGUUUAUACUACACUGAAAUGAGAUAUCAUAAAUAUAAGUUUUGACUUCGUUAAACAUUGAUAGAUUUGAAAUGUCUUAAUUUUUUGUUUCUUCAUGUGUUAAUUGAAAAUUAUACUAAUUAAACUAUAACUUGUACCUAAAAUUCUUUCCUGCAGUUUUCAUAUGAAGUAAAUAAAGGAAAUCCAUGAGAAGUAAAUAUUCUGCAUUAAGAGGGAAAGAUGUCACAGACAAAGUUUUAGAUCAGAUAGACAGCUAUGGAGAUGUAGUGUCUAGUAAAUAUUCUGCAUUAAGAGGGAAAGAUGUCACAGACAAAGUUUUAGAUCAGAUAGACAGCUAUGGAGAUGUAGUGUCUAGUAAAUAUUCUGCAUUAAGAGGGAAAGAUGUCACAGACAAAGUUUUAUAUCAGAUAGACAGCUAUGGAGAUGUAGUGUCUAGUAAAUAUUCUGCAUUAAGAGGGAAGAUAUCACAGACAAAGUUUUAGAUUAGAUAGACAACUAUGGAGAUGUAGUGUCUUUAAUUUUAAAAAUGUAUAGUUUCUUGAAUAUAGUUUUUGGAUUAGGAGUACAAAUAAAGAAAUAUGAAUGUAACAUUUAGAUAAAAAUUUAGUUUCUUAUAGUUUUCAGAUCAGUUGGACAUGUAAAAGUUAAAAUUGUUUUCAUAAAGAAAUUGAAAAUUUGACUUAAAGCUUUUUCAAAUUAAGUACAUGUAAAACUUGGAGGUGUAAAUUGGUUUUAGUUUCAAAGGUUGAAAUUGUAUAUUUUUUUUUUACACAGUAAACUACUAUAUGUGUAUUUUGAUUUCUUAACUGAAUAAAAAAAAAAGCCUCAAAGAUCAUUUAAGGAAUAUUUCAAUAAGCUAUGUACAUUAUUUCCUGUUUCAUAGUUGUGUUUUUCUAUAAUUUGAUUUUUCAAAGGAACAUUGAUAGUGUAAAUUAUUCAGAUUACAUCAUUGGUUCUUUAAACUAAUUAUAAAAAAAAAUUGAGGAUUGCUUGACAUCAGUACAUUAUAUAUCUGUGUCAAAAAAGAAAGAUAAAUAGAUUUAACUAAGUGUAAACAAUAACUUCAAGGGUAAGACUGAAAAGCAACAUCUUUUGUACUACAUUUGAACUCUAUCUUUGAAGUUACAAUUCACACCAAAUCAGAGAGUGUGUUCAGUCAUAACUAAAAAAAAUGUUCAGAAAUGUUUGUCAGAAGGCAAAAAUGAGUAUUUUAAGAUUACUAUAUUAAGUAUACUAUUGAAUUUAGCAAUAAUUUUAUGAAUAGAAAUGAUGUCAUAUAUAUUCUUUAAAGAUAUGCAUGACUGACACUUAAAUUGAUCACUUAAUUGCAAAUACUCAUUAGCUAUUUAAUCAGUAAUAAAACACUGAACACCAAGUGUUUUACAGAGAAGGGUUAAUCACCAAACUUGGAGUCAUUACUUUAUAUAAAGUAAUAAACAUUUUAAUAAAAGAAUAAAUUACAAUUUUAAGUAAUCAAAGAUCAUGAUCUGGGAUUCAAGUUUGUUGAUACUUCUUUAUAAACACUUACUAUAAACAAGCUGUCUUGGGUGAUCUGGAGAUACGUAUACAUGCUGCGACUCUGAAAAGUCUGUUUAAUAAUCCUCAUUCCAGAAGAUGUAGGUUAAAAUAUUGGAAAAGUUUUAGUCUUGUAUGUUUGAACAAUUUAAUUAAAGCAUUGUUUAGUUUGUACAUUAUAGCAUAUAUCUCAAAUUUAAUGCAUGGCUACUAGGAAUUUAACUUAGAGUAAACAAGUGGUUUAUGGUUUGCUAGCAGUGAGAAUAUCAAAUCAUUCUGAUUAUUGGAAGUAAGAAUAGUAUAUUAAAUUAGUUAUAUUCAUUACUAGGUUAAUUUUUAGUUCUGAUCUGUAUAGGUAACUUGCUUUGGUUAGAAGUGAUAAUAUUCCUAUGUGUUUUUAGGUUAGUUUUUCAAACAUCCUUAUUUCUCCUUCCUGCUACUAGCAGGGGAUGUAACUUUCAGAUAUAUGGAAUGCAUUAGAGCCACAGAAAGUUGAAGAAUUAAUUUUUGUUUUUUUUCUGACAACACAGAGAUGUGAUUUGAGAUGCAUUUAAAAAAAAUGGUGGAAAAGAAGUUGUAUUGUAGCAAAUAUAAAGGUAUUUAUGUGUUAUCAAACAGAUCAGUAUAGAUAUAAGCUUUUUGUUCUGUUAUUUUAGAGUAAUAUUUCAUAAAAACAAAAUGUGAUAGUUUGCAGGAUAUAAUUUUUAAAUCUUUGCCAUGCCACAGAAUAAAGGUUAGUCAACAUUUAUAUUUUGUGCCAUAUUUUCAAACUUGGAGUGUGGAAGAAGAAUUAAUUGGUGGAUAACUAGUGAUGAGAAUGUAAGUCCAUUAUUGAACAUUCUAGAAAGAGGUGUGGUCGAUGUCAUAGUUUGGCUCUUGUCUUGUUAAAAUCAUCAUUAAUUCAUUUUGCUACAUUGUCUUGUAUAUAUGCUCAAGUUUUAGUGAAUAAAACUGAGUUAAUCAUCUCUUGUUUUAUGCACAGAAAUAUUAUGGAUCUUGUACUUCUGUAAUGUUGCAUGACAUGUAACUCGUUUUCCUUAGUUAUGUAAUAGUGUCCUUGAAGAUUUUCAUAAUUAUAUAAACACUUUCAAGGUUGUCUUAUUAAUAAGAAUAAACCUGUAAAUCAGAAA